AUGCCCCCAAAACGCGUCCUCAUCGUCGGCGCAGGCGCAGCAGGCAUGUCCACAGCCCACCACCUCUCCCUCUCCUCCAAGUCCUUCCAUAUAACACUAGUCGACUCCGCCUCCUACUGCGGCGGGCAAGCCUUCUCCAUCCCCAGCGAUAAAGCCCGACACGGCGCUGACUGGCUGAAUCAAGGCGUACAAGGCGGGUCGCACAUCUUCCGCCAUACUCUGAGGCUGUUUGAACGGUACGGCAUGCCUGCUACGCCCGUGAACCUCCAGGUCAGCUUUGGCAAAGGAGACACUUUCUGGUCCAACGUAUUCCCUACCCGGCUAGUAGAACGACACGCACGCGAGAUCAGGAGGUUCAAGUGCCUGCUGACCCUGGUCCGAUGGACAGAACUUUUCUGGGCACUCGUCCCGUGCGCGUUGUUCCUCAAGCUCUUCCUCUUCUCGCGAGAGUUUGUAGACUGUAUGAUCCUCCCCUCCCUGGCUCUUUUCCUUGGGACGGGCAACGCUACCCCCUCGGUACCGACGAUCAUCCUCGAACGCCUCUUCACGAGUCCCACGUUCGGGAUGUGGUACCCCGCUGAUGUCAAGUCUCUCAUAAGCAACCUCCCGCCUAUGGUCGUCUUCCCCAAGUUUGCAGACUUUUACGGAGCGUGGGAGGCAGAUCUCCGGUCAAGGGGCGUGGAUAUCAGGUUGAACACGGAGGUGACGCGCAUUGUCAGCCGAUCGAACGAAGGAGUGCGGGUCGCGCUCAAGGCCCGUACUCCGGUCGCAGACAAGCAUAACCCUGCCGGAGGCGACCCCGAUGCUCCGGAGAUCCAAGAAGAGUUCGACGAGCUCGUUCUCUGCACUCUGGCGGACACUAGCAAGUCCCUUCUUGGCAAGACGGCGCGCUGGAUCGAGCGACGCGUCCUCGGCGCUGCCAAAUUCAGCGACGACAUCACCGUCACGCACUGGGAUUCCGCAUACAUGGAGCGACAUUAUACGAACCGAUUCGAUCCCGAGCAGGCCGUGGACGCCCUCUCGGGUACGGACCAGAGCGAGCGUGUAGCGUUCGGGAAGACCCAGUUCAAACCUGCGUAUUAUAUCAAGGAGUACAAGGAUAGGCGCAAGCUCGAGAUGUGCUUCGACUGCAGUAACUACCAGGCGCAGUUCUCGGGGCAGGAGAUCCCGUUCGACAGACAUGUCUUCCAGACGAUAUUCUUGAACAAGAAAGACGAGCAGUCGUGGGACAGAAGCGAGAUCGACAAGAGCAAGAUCAUCCGGGAGGACUGGUGGCAUCAGCUAUGCCAUAGCUGGACACACUACCUGCUUGUCGUUCCUCUCCUCUUCCUCUUGCAAGGACAUAAGCACACAUGGUACGCCGGCUCCUGGACCCUCCUGAACGCACAUGAGGUCGCCGUCCUCUCCGGGUUGGCAGUUGCCUACCGGCUCGGAGCGGGAUAUCCGGAAGAGUACGAAGAGGACAAUUUGGGGUUGGCGUCGUUUAGAGCAUAUUUGGCGCUUGGGCACUGGGUUUGGUACAAGCCUAAGAGGGGAAAGAACAAGCACGAGCUCCGGAGACCGCGGGAUGAGGCGUAG